AUGGAGAAUGCCUCUGGCACCUCCGACUCGAGCCCAGGGGCUUCCGACAGCGAGGGGUCCCACGGUGCAGUACAGACACGGGACGUGUCGGACAAACCGACAGAUAAGAUAUUUGACCAAGAAACCACCACCCCGAUUAACCUAUCCGGCGCCCUUGACAAACAAGCACACGGUGACGAACAUGAGUCGACUCAGUUCACCUCAGUGCAAUCGCAGGGCAACUUGCCUGCACCCCCAGACUCGACAACACCAAGCCUUUUCAACAACCCGCCGAAUCUAGCGCGCAUACGGAAGGUCUUGUUCGAGUGCAAGGACCCAAUAGAAAUCAGCUUGGAGGAGUUUGAGACCUAUUGGCCUUUUAUCGACAACGUUUGGGUCAAGCAAAGGUCCAAUGCGAGCAAAGAGGGCCACUGCACCACCGAUUACUACAUGUGUCGGUUGCGGCGUCCUACACAUCGCACAUCUGAAACGCGCCCGCUGCCAGCAGGCAAGCGUCCUCGAAAGAAGCGCGUUCGGGAGGGGGGUAUUUGCAACUUCCAAAUCAAGAUUAUUCGCUUUGAGGGUGCCUACUCGACCGUCACCAUCGCUCGGACGCCGGGGAGCUGCAGUCUCCAUUCACACGACCUCGAUUACAUCGACCGGGUCAAACGGAACUCAGGGCUCAUGGAGUAUGCGCGGAAAGAAUCCAUCAAGGGAUACCUCCCCUCCUCCAUCUAUACCAAAUUUCAGGAGGAGCCAGAAAAGCUGGGAGAGGCUGGCGGUCGCUUCUUUACCGUGACCGAUGUCCGCAACGUCUCUGCCAAAUGGCGGAUUCAAAACCCAGAAGUGAGCCUGGUAGCGCAUGAAGGCUACGAAUACCAAAAGGGCCAUGGAAUUGUCAAAACUCAAAGCGCGGACGGUGUCAACGAAGUGCCUUCGCAAACGAAAUCAACAUCUACUUCCCCUUCUUUGCCGCCAGACACCCUCUUCUUUCCUCAAUUUUCACUGGAAUUCUUACAGCCAUAUCUUCCAAAUAAUUCCGAGCGUCGGGAGUUUCCGCACGUAACUUUAUCAUAUGCAUCAUCGAUGGAUUCCAAGAUCUCCCUGCAGCCUGGGAUGCAGACGGUGUUAUCCGGACCUGAGGCCAAGCUAAUGACCCAUUAUCUUCGCUCCCGACACGACGCCAUUCUCGUCGGGGUAGGGACGGUGCUUGCGGACAAUCCCGGCUUGAACUGCCGUCUCGAGGGAGCUGGUGGAUUUGGAGGCCUGGGAAGAAUGUGGCAACCGAGGCCCGUGAUUAUUGAUCCUACGGGCCGAUGGCCAGUUCACCCUGAAUGUCGGAUGUUACGCACUGCCGUCGAUGGCAAAGGCAAAGCCCCAUGGGUUGUAGUGUCUCCAGGGGCUCAAAUCAACCCCCAGACACUUAUGAUGCUCAAAGGGUAUGGAGGCGACUUCCUUCGGAUUGUAGAAUACAAUCAGCACUGGCGCCUGCGCUGGGAAGCCGUGUUUCGCGCGCUGGCGUCCGAAGGUAUUAAGAGCGUCAUGAUCGAGGGCGGUGGAACGGUCUUGAGUGAGCUGUUGAAUCCCGAGUAUACCAGCUUCAUCGAUUCUAUCGUUGUGACGGUUGCGCCCACGUAUCUAGGGCGUGGGGGUGUAAAUGUCAGUCCGGACUCGAAGCAAGACCCGGGAGGCACUCCCAAUGCUGCAUUGAACCCUCGCGAUGUCAAAUGGAUGCCCUUGGGACAGAAUGUCAUCAUGUGUGGCAAGAUUCGAGAAGACUAG